CUGUAAGAUAUUCAAAAUUGAAGUGAAAAUUUGUGGAAUAUUUUGCAACUGUUUCAGCAGUUGUUAUAACUCAAGUUUAGAUUGAAAAGGAAAAUGAGUAACGACAUUGAUCCUCAUAUUACUGAAAAAUAUGAAAUUAAAAGAAGAUUGGGGAAAGGGGCGUAUGGUAUUGUAUGGAAGGCACUUGACAGAAGAACUGGAGAAAUUGUCGCCUUGAAGAAAAUUUUCGAUGCUUUCCGAAACUGCACAGAUGCUCAAAGAACUUUCCGUGAAAUCAUGUUUUUACAGGAGUUUGGGGACCAUUCCAAUGUUAUUAAACUACUUAACGUGAUGAAGGCGGAUAACGACAGAGAUAUUUACCUCGUGUUUGAGUUUAUGGAUACUGACCUACACGCUGUUAUAAAAAAGGGGAAUAUAUUAAAAGACAUCCACAAGCGAUAUAUAAUGUACCAACUACUUAAAGCUACCAUGUAUAUGCAUUCGGGGAAUGUAAUACAUAGAGAUCACAAGCCAUCCAAUAUCCUCCUGGACAGUGAUUGUUUCGUCAAAAUUUGCGACUUUGGUCUCGCACGGUCGCUCACGCAGCUCAAGGAAUCCGAACAACCCGGUGGUAACCCCGCCCUCACCGAAUAUGUGGCCACUAGGUGGUACAGAGCGCCGGAGAUCCUUCUCGCUUCACCCAGAUACACCAAGGGAGUUGACAUGUGGUCAGUAGGUUGUAUACUAGGCGAGCUACUUAUGGGAAAACCACUAUUCCCUGGUUCUUCUACGUUAAACCAGAUAGAAAGGAUCAUGAGCUCCAUACCACGCCCGACAAAAGCUGAUGUAGAUUCCAUUCAUUCAGAGUACGGACAUUCUAUAUUGGAUCGCGCUAGUAUGAGACCUCGCAAACAUCUUCGCGACCUGAUCCCUGACGCACCAGAAGACGCUUUAGACUUGAUGGAGAAUCUUCUCGUGUUUAACCCAGAGAAACGACUAUCAGCAAAGGAAUGUCUUUCACAUCCAUAUGUUGCAAAGUUCCACAGUUCACGAGAGGAGAGCGUCCUCGAUUACGACGUACUCCCACCACUAGAUGAUGAUAUACAGCUCAGUGUUGCCGAGUACAGAUGCAAACUUUACGAGAUGAUACUGGAACGUAAAACAAUGGCUCGAAGACAACGCAGGGCAGUGUUACAUGAAAAACAACAACAGAACAAACAAAAGAAUUCUGAUGAAAUAAUUGAAGAAGUUACGAAACAGAAACGAGUUGAAACCCCCCCUCCUGCGGAACCUAGAAAUGUAAGCCACCCUAGUAAGCCAGGGUUGGUCCAUAACAUGGCACACAACUAUGAGAACCAGCACACUACCCACCAUAAUGGUUACCAACCCCAACCCCAACCCCAACGCCACCAUUACCAAGUAACCGCAGCUGGCGAUAAACCACACCUUGGUUACCAUUCAAAUGGUUCAACACCAGAGAAAAAAUACCAGAUGAAUGGUUCACACCAGAAGCAGGGUCAGUACGGUGUUGCAUUCGGUCGUACUGUAAAGAUGGGUUCACCUCAACAAACUAACCAAAGAAAAGCAUACAGAGCUCAAAGUGCUGGUAAACCUGUGCAGAGGCAAGACAGCUUCGAUGGGAAUCGUGAAGCCAUGAGACAUCAACGUGUCACUCAAGGUGCCAAUAAAUCGACAUUACAACGACAUCAUAGCAUGGGAGGGCCAAGUUUGAAACACCGUCAACAAUCGGCCCCAUCGCAACCCGUGAACGGGACUCGAUCACGAUCGCUACGGCAACAGUUCAACGCUGAUCAUGGUCACAAACUACUCACGAGACAAGACAACCCCACAAUCAACGUUUCUAGAAUGAACCCAGUCCAGCGUCCAAGCUCAGCCAUAGCAGGCCAAUCAUCUGGUAUGCAAGCCACCACCCCACCCCGCGCGGGACGUAAACAAGUGUCCGGCAUGAACAAGAACAUUUCAUCUUCUGGGAGCCCCAAGCAGCGUCUUGGCAGUUACGCUCAGUCUUAUUCGGUCAUCAAUCAAUCAGCGCUCACCGCUAUCGGCGCUGGAGGUCGGAAAUAGUGCCCCUAGGUGGGUUUGGCCACUAGAGAGUGAUAUACAACUUAAAUAGAAUCGCAGGUUCGAGUUAUGAGCAGUUGCAACCGUAAUUUUUUGAGUUGAAUAUUUCUACUUUGCGGGGUAACUUUAAAUAGCCUAUAACUAAUUACAUAACAGAAAAGAUUUAAUUUUAAAUAGCUAAGUUCCAUUCUGCUGGGUCUUACAUGAAUUAGCUAGCUAUAAUUGCUGAUUCCAACAGGCUUAUUUGAAUUGCAUUAUAACGCUCUUUUCAAAACAAUAUUUUAUAUUUAUAAUAUGCAGCAAUGUUUAAGCUAACCUGCACUGUAAAGUAUCUAUCUAUGGGUAUACACUAUGUGUUUUAAUUCCUGUGCUCAAAUAAUAUAAUGUUGUUUCUACUGUUUAGGCUGCUUUUUGUCGAAUUUAUAUGAUUUCUAUUUUAAUCACGUGCACGACUGCACUUCAAAUUUUUUUUAUUUUUUCCGCUACAGUGCACUAUGUUGUUGUUUAAUCCACAUAGAUAUCUUAUAAACGCAAUCUUAUGUCACUCGUGCGGAUGUCAUUUAAAACAUAACCAAAAAUGCUUCUACACUGCAGACCAAAGGCGUAGGUUUGUGGCAACAAACGAAAACUAUUGUCUUUAGCUCAAUCCUGUAUUGUUUUGUAUAUUGAUACAACCAAUAACCCAUAUUUUUCUAUAACAGCCUAGCUUACAUAGACCAAGAUUUGUUACCUUCUGUAAUAGAUCCAAUACCUGGCCCAAAGUGGGCAAUUUUAAAUUGUUGGGUGGUUUAAAAAAUUUACAUUAAUGCUCAAAAAAUUUGCGCCUUUUAUACAUUUAUUCUUUUUGGAAGCUUUUUUGAUUGUUUGGCGCCUAUAGUUACAUCUCAUCAUACCUUUAUAACAUGCAUAUGUCUCUUGCUCUGCAGUGUAUAGCUUGUUUGCACACUUGUUUUUGUUGCAAUGUCGUGCAAGAGAGGCCAUUCAGCUGCUCAGUGGUCGCUGCUCUUGCCUCCCAUCUAGUGUUAGCUUAUUUUCAUCAAUUUUUAGAAAACUGAAAACCUAAAACUUUUUUUCUUAAUAGUAAGAUAAUUUUUAAACAUUAAAACGUAUGUUUUACACUUUAUGAAGUAUUUUUUUUUAGUUUUUUCAAUGAUCAUCAUUUUUGAGUAUUUCUACUGUUGUACAAAUGUUUUUCCAUAGCUAUAGUAUUACUGUGUGUGUUACAGUGUGUAGAUAAUUGUAUAUUAUAAAACCUGACGUUUAACACUGUAUUAUCUUUUGGCGAAGUAAAUAAAAUGCUCUAAAAGCUA